AUGUUUCUCUACUACCUUCAUCGCUACCUUCGAUUGACUCCAGCAUUUCUCCUUGUCAUUAUGAUUAGCAUCAAUUUGACGCCAUACUUCGGUCAUGGACCCAUCUAUCCGACGCAACAAGGCUUCGAAACGGCCGGAUGUCGAAAUGGGACUUGGUGGACAUCAAUACUCUACAUCGGUAAUCUUGUUAAGGUGGACGAUAUGUGUUUACCAAUUGCCUGGUACUUACAUAACGAUAUGCAAUUUCACUGGAUUGCUCCAUUGGCCUUAAUACCAUUUGUUAUGCGACGAAAACCCAUCGGUUUCAUCGUUGCUACUCUUAUGAUACUCCUUGGCAGCGCAUCAAUUUUAGCCAUUCUUCUUCAUUAUCCUGAUUUGUCAUUGAAUGCGAUCGAAGCCUUCAUACCGCAAAUGACAUCUCAACAAAAAGUUUUAUCUUCUGAUCGUAUUCUUAGUUUACCUAGUGUCGAUAUUGAUGAUCAUGAAUGUUUGAUUUAUCGUGGAUUACUUUGGAUACCAGUUGCCUGUCAAUCAUGUGAAACACCUUUCUGUUCGUCAUGUAUUUAUCAAUGGUUGGUCGAUCAUCCAAAACAUUGUUCAAAUUGA